CAUAAAUUUUGUUUGCAUUCCACCACUCCACCACCUGUGCGGUGAGCGUUCUCUUCCUCUCUAGUCUCUCCCACAAAGUGACGAAUCUGUGUUUUGAGAUAUUGAUGGCUUCUGCAAUGCUCAGUGGAGCAGAAAACCUCACACUCAUCAGAGGAAUAACCCCAAAUGGGUUAGGUUCUAUGGGGUCAGGUUUUCGUGGGAGGCACUUUCCCAAGCUGGGUUUGGUGUCUUGUACUAGGAUUUCCAAGGGUAGAACCAUGGUGCCCAUGUGUAGUGUAUCGGCUCCGAGACCGGCUUCACAGCCUAGGUUCAUACAGCACAAGCAAGAGGCAUUUUGGUUCUAUAGGUUCCUUUCAAUUGUGUAUGACCAUAUCAUAAACCCUGGGCAUUGGACUGAGGACAUGAGGGAGGACGCACUUGAGCCUGCUGACCUCAGUGACCGAAAUAUGUUAGUCGUAGAUGUCGGUGGUGGAACCGGGUUUACAACUUUGGGGAUAGUUAAGCACGUGGAUGCCAAAAAUGUUACAAUUUUAGAUCAGUCGCCUCAUCAGCUUGCUAAGGCUAAGCAGAAGGAGCCCUUGAAGGAGUGCAAAAUAAUUGAGGGCGACGCAGAAGAUCUCCCUUUUCCUACUGAUUAUGCAGAUAGAUAUGUAUCUGCGGGAAGUAUUGAGUACUGGCCAGACCCACAGCGUGGGAUCAAGGAAGCAUACAGAGUGUUAAAACUUGGAGGAAAAGCAUGCUUAAUUGGUCCUGUUUAUCCUACGUUUUGGCUGUCUCGCUUCUUUGCAGAUGUGUGGAUGCUCUUCCCUAAGGAGGAAGAGUACAUUGAGUGGUUCCAAAAUGCUGGAUUUAAGGAUAUCCAACUGAAAAGGAUUGGCCCAAAAUGGUAUCGUGGGGUUCGUCGCCAUGGGUUGAUCAUGGGAUGUUCCGUUACAGGUGUAAAACCUGCAUCUGGGGAUUCUCCUUUGCAGCUUGGUCCAAAGGUAGAGGAUAUAAAAAAGCCUGUAAAUCCUUUAGUGUUCCUCUACCGCCUCAUUUUGGGUGCCAUGGCAGGAGCAUACUAUGUCCUUGUUCCUAUUUACAUGUGGAUCAAAGAUCAGAUCGUACCCAAAGGUCAACCAAUCUGAGAGGUGGAAAUUUCUGUUAUGGCAGUUGAAGCUGAUUUGGGAUAGUCUUCUAUAUCAAUGCAUCUUCUUCUAUACUAUGUCCUUGUUCCUAUUUACAUGUGUCCUGUUAUGUUUCUCAUUUCAUUUUCAUGUUCUUCUAAGUCCUGUCAAGAAGAUGCGCCAGACUUUCAUUUAUAUGUAUCUACUGUUCAAAGUUUUGUAAGAAGGAAUGCUAAUAUAUAGAAUUCCUCUCUUGAUAUGCAUCUGAAUAAGACACAGAAAUGCAGAUACAUUUUGUGUAACAUGUAAUCAUUUUCUUUUC